CAUGAACAUGUAAGUGUCGAACGUGGCCUGAUUCCUGAAAUGAGUUGCUCUAAAGGGAUAAGAACAGUUACAGGACGUUUAAAGUGUUGUAACUCCUCAGUGGGUUUAGAACGUGAUAGUUUUGUUAGUCGUCACUAUUGAGUUCCUCACUCCGCCUACUCGCGCGCUGCAUUUAGGCUCGAUGCUGCGUGGUGUUACGCAUUGCAACGUGUUCGCGCGCUGCCGCAAUCUUGACACUCUACGGGAUGCGCUACUUGACGUCGAGGCGCGCGCUGCUCUCUCUGCCCCCGCUGCUGCUGCUGUGCUCGAGCUGGAGGCUCGUGGCGGCAGACUGGGAGCUCACGCUUCUGCAUACCAACGACGUUCACGCCCGCGUCGAGGAGACCAACAAGGACUCGGGCAAGUGCACGAAGGGCGGCUGCUUUGCCGGCGUCGCACGGCGUUACACGAAAAUCAAAGAGAUCCGGAGGCACGUGCAGAACGUGCUCCUGCUGGACGCCGGGGAUCAGUUCCAGGGAACAGUGUGGUUCAACUACUAUAAAGGCAGCGAGGCAGCGCACUUCAUGAACAAGCUUGGUUACGAUGCCAUGGCUCUAGGAAACCAUGAGUUCGACAAUGGAGUGGAUGGUCUCAAGCCCUUCCUACAGCAGGUGAACUGUACCGUGCUCAGUGCUAACAUAAAGGCUAUUAACCCUGUUGCGUCACAGAUUAGUGGACUUUAUUUCCCUUAUAAAAUCAUCAACGUUGGCUCUGAGAAAGUUGGUAUAGUAGGAUACACAUCCAGGGAGACACCAGCUCUAUCAAUGACAGGACCAUACCUGCGUUUUGAAGACGAGGUCACUGCCUUGCAGCAGGAGGUAAACAAACUCACCACUCUGGGCGUUAACAAGAUCAUCGCUCUCGGCCAUUCUGGAUUUGACACGGACAAAGAGAUCGCCAAAAAAGUCCGUGGCGUGGACGUGGUGAUUGGAGGACACAGCAACACUUUUUUAUUCACAGGGGAUCCACCAUCCAGUGAAGUUCCAGCAGGACCCUACCCAUUAUUUGUACAGUCCGAUGAUGGUCGCAGUGUGCCAGUGGUCCAGGCCUAUGCUUUUGGGAAAUACCUUGGCUAUCUCAACGUGACUUUUGAUCCUGAGGGAAAAGUUUUAAAAGCCGUAGGAAAUCCAAUCCUCUUGGACAGUAACAUACCCGAAGACCUCGACAUUAAGGCAGAUGUGGAUUCCUGGAAGGUCAAAUUGGCCAAUUACUCGGCUCAGUUCGUGGGGAGGACUCUGGUCUAUCUUAAUGGGACAUUUGACGAGUGUCGAUUUCGUGAAUGCAACAUGGGAAACUUGAUCUGUGAUGCCAUGGUCCAUCACUAUAUCAAAUAUCCAGAUGAUCUCCAGUGGAACCAUGUUAGUGCCUGUAUUUUAAAUGGAGGAGGAAUACGAAGCCCCAUUGAUGAGAGAAGCAGAAAUGGUAGCAUCACUAUGGAGGAUGUGAUCUCUGUAUUGCCGUUUGGUGGAACGUAUGAUCUGGUUCAACUGAAAGGUUCUACACUGCUCCAGGCCUUCGAGCACAGCGUACGCAGAUAUGGAGGAAGCACUGGGGAGUUCCUACAAGUCUCAGGAUUUCAGGUGGAGUAUGACCUGACUAAACCCCCUGGUGAGCGAGUGAAGAAGGCGAAUGUGUUGUGUACUCAGUGUCGAGUGCCGCACUACGAGCCCCUGGACCCUAAAGAGGUCUACAAGGUCAUCAUGCCGUCCUAUCUAGUGGAUGGAGGAGAUGGUUACUCAAUGAUCAAGGAGGAGAAGCUGAAACAUGACAGUGGUGACCUUGACAUAUCCGUCUUUGCGGGCUACAUCUCGGAGAGGCAGAGAGUCCAUCCGUCCGUGGACGGACGAAUCCGUUUCAUCAAUUCUGCUGUUCGAAUCUCAAGUCGGUUGACCACUGUACUGCUCUUUGUGCUGCUUUGGGUCUCGCAUUUAAGCUUGUGAGCUUAGUCCAGUACACCCGUUGUAUCGCAGUUGUAUAUAUCAGUCUGUUAUAUUUGUGAUAUUUUGUAGAGAUUUGCUAUAGUCAUUUUUUUUGUCUUGUAUACAAAGAGAAACUUUAGUUGGUACAUACUUGAUUUGUAUGUAUUCUGUCUAUUAGUUUGUUUGAAUAAUGUUUUUUAAUUGACACCGGUACCAAAUUGUUCUGGGAAAUUAUGUAUAGACAUGUAUAAAGUCUUUGUUAAUGUCGGAUAUAAUUUGUGAUUUAAAACCUGCAAAAAUCGUAACGGUUAAAAUUAUAUCUAAACAUUACUUAUUUAUUAACAUGGCCAAAGGUAAAUUAGCAAUAAGAGUUAUUUGAGCUGAUCUGAACUUUCUUCCACCAGUCCAAAGACACGCAUUGUAGGCUGAUUGGCAUUUCCAAAUUAUCCGUAGUGUGUGAGAAUGUGAUGUGAUGUGUUGUGUUGGCCUGCCGUCCCUUCACUGGAACAGGCUCCAGGCUCCCCUGCGACCCUAUGUAAGAUAAGAGGUAUGGAAAAUGGAUGGGUUUUUGGUCAUAUGUUUUGUGGUUAUGUACGAGUUGUUUUUUUUUCCCCAUGUUUAUUGGCGUUAUGUUAGCUUCAUAUUGCUACCUUAGCCACUAUCCUUAAUAAAUGAUUAUUAAAGAGUA